UCAGCUGUUGUGAAGAGGAUGAUGACGUGUUUCCGCUCUCACACCCCGACAUUACAACAACAAGGUAGGCGAGCCGAGCUGGGACGGAGAGAGGCGACGGUGCCCGCAGAGUUAAGAGAUAUCCAAGAUCUGUCACCACACAAGAAUUGCCUCUAUUAUAUUACAUUGGAAAGCACCAACAGAUCUACAGAUGAGGCAGGUGUUGUAGAAGGGAAACCUCAUGCCCCAGGUACGGCAGGGACUGUUUUAGGUGUAGUGCUGAGUCCAGAAUGAAGAAAAUUUGAGGAAGUUUUCUCCUCAGGUUAGUCCUGAGUUGUUAUACUAAGCUCUCCUGAGCGACAGGUUCUUCAGAGCCCACCUUGCUAGUAAUAUGAACCAUGGACCCUGGGGCAGUUGAUAGUCCUGUAACCUUGGUCAUUAAGGCCCCCAACCAGAAGUAUGAAGACCAAACCAUUAACUGCUUCCUUAACUGGACUGUGGAGAAGCUGAAGAGUCACAUCUCCAACGUGUACCCCAGCAAGCCGCUGUCCAAAGACCAGCGGCUUGUGUACUCAGGAAGGCUCCUUCAAGACCACCUGCAGCUCAGAGAUGUGCUCAGAAAGCAGGAUGAAUACCACAUGAUGCACCUUGUGUGUGCCUCACACAGUCCCCCAGGCUCGCCCAUGCCCCGGAGCCCCUCUAUGGUCAACUCUUCUGCUUCUGACUCCAGCAGUUCAGACAGUGCCGGCUCCGCCUCCCCUGCCACCACGCCAAAUCAGGACAGUCAGCCAACCUCUUCCUCCUCCUCCCCUUCUGUCCCAGGAAGUUAUGAUGGGCUGAGGUAUCGCGGUGGCGGUUUCCCCCAGUACAACCCUCAGAGCCCCCCCGGAGUCCCUCAGUGGCCAGAUGGAGCCCAGGUCCCUUUACAAGGCGGCCUCCCUGCCAACAUACCCCCCCAUCCCAUGUACAUGCCCAUGCAGAUGCUGUGGUGGCAGCAGAUGUAUGCACGCCAUUACUACAUGCAAUACCAAGCAGCAGUAGCUGCCUCUCAGCCUCCCAGCACCACCCCUCCCUCCUCUCCCUCGUCCACCCCCCAUCAGCCCGCCCAGCCCAAUGAAGCCGUGCAGCCCCCGCUGGGGCCUAACCCGGCCCCAAACCCUUUACCAGAGAACCAGCCGGCCAACCCCAACAUCCAGAUGAACGCGCAAGGUGGAGCGGUGUUAAACGAUGACGAGCUGAACCGUGAUUGGCUGGACUGGUUGUACACAGUGUCUCGCGCUGGUGUGCUGCUCAGCAUCGUCUACUUCUACUCCUCCUUUAGCCGUUUUGUCAUGGUGGUUGGAGCCAUGCUUCUUGUCUACCUGCACCAGGCUGGUUGGUUUCCCUUCAGGCCGGAGCAGCAGAACCUUAGAGGAGGAGAAAGGGCCGAUGCUCCUCAGGAGGAAGCAGAGAGACAUCAGGACAUACAGGAAAUGGAACGUCUGAUGGAUGAGGGCAUUGAGGAGGAUGACAGUGGUGAGGAAGGGGGCGGAGGCCCUGAGGACCAGGCCCAGGCUGCUGCUCCUGCUGCGCACCCUGAGCCAAGCUUCCUCACCACCGCGUGGUCCUUUGUCAGCACCUUCUUCACCUCGCUUAUCCCCGAGGGACGACCCCACCCGGCCAACUAGGUAGACCCCUCUACCUCUCAAAACCCCUUUUCCUUCUGCCAGCAGGUAUCGCUCUACAGCAGUUCCCGCCUCCAUCUUUACUGUCCAGAAUACCCCAUUUACCCCAGAACCAUCCGGUCAAAUACCCUUUUGCCACAGAAAACCUGACACAACUCCAGCCACUCGGCUACAAACCUUCUACAUGCUGCCAACAAAAGGACUGAUAAUAAAAACAGGCUACUCUGAAGUUAAAGAGCAGAUGCCGUGUGAGUUCUGCAGGGGUUUAGGGGGAAUAAAUGAACAUUUAGAAAAGAAAUAUCACGCUGUGUUAAUGGAGUAAAUGCUUCAUUAGUGAAAGUUUUUUUUCCCAUUUUAUUGAUCGUGAAUUCAUUGAGACAUGGCGAUUUUGAGAGACGCCGGAGGGAGCUGUCUUCCAUUUUAAGCAGUGAUGAGGUCAUGCUUUUGAAAUUCUUCAAAUGAGCAAUGUGACCCAGAUCACAAGAAGAAAAAAAAAAUCAGGAAUCUCCCUGAAAGGAGAGGGAGAAAUACGUCCUUAAUAAACCAUGAAAACCACAUCCCUAAAGACAUUUUCAUGUAUGCACUCGAUGUGCUUAUAGACACUGCAGCUACUGAAGCACAUUGUUUUCCCACUUUGUGUAUUUACACAUGUAAGUAUAUGCAUCUUUAAUUCCUGAAUAUAUGCUUUUUUGAAUAAAAAUCUUGCUGCGGUUUGA